GCAGCCACGGCCAUGACCCUCGCCAGCAUCAUCGCGCCACGCUGGAUGGCCUUUUCCGCCGAAGGCCACGGCGCCCACGCCCACCCGGUCCACGUCUCGUACGGGCUGCACCAACGCUGCGACAGCGUGACGGGCGGCUGCGGCGCCUUCCCCCAGCACGCCGACUGCGUCGGCGACAACUGGUCCUUCUGCAGCAUGUGGCGCACAGUCGGGUUCCUGAUAUCGUUCGCAGUGAUUAUCGAGGCCGCGGCGCUGAUCGGCUACGCCGUCGUGCUGCUCGGCGGCAAGCAGAAGCGCGAUAAGGGCUACAAGGUCAUUUCGGGGCUGUUGGCGCUGGCGGCUGCGGUCCAGAUUGCCGGCAUGGCGGUUGUGGCCUUCCUCUACGACCACGACGAGCGCUUCUUCCCCCCCGGCUGGCACCUCGACAACUCCUGGAUCCUGUGCACAGUCAGCUGGAGCGUGCUAGUGAUGACGGUGUGCGGGCUCGUUGGCGCCGCUGUCGUGUUGCCAGAAGAGGGCGACUAUGAGCUCAUUCCCGAGGGGCGGAUGUAAAGGCGAGCAAAGCGAGCAAGAGAGCACGAAAGUAAAAGAGCAAAGCAAGCAAGAAAAAGGACAGACACCACCAAGCACGCGAUACUCCAAAGACGAAUAACCCAAGCAUACAUAUAGACGACGGAACGACCCAGCGUAGACGGCUUCAUUUAGGCACGCACGAGUAAAGAGGACAGGCCGUACAGGGGCUGUCUCUACGAUGACAGGAAGCGCAUUAGGCGGGCC